GGCGGGCGCUCUGCCAGCUGCGUAAACAAUGCCGGAGGACCGCUGCGGAGCAGGCACGUUCGGAGGUAGGGUCAUGCUCACAUUCAUGGCCUCUGACAGCGAGGAAGAAGUGUGUGACGAGCGGACGUCCCUGAUGUCAGCCGAGAGCCCCAUGCCGCGCUCCUGCCAGGAAGGCAGGCAGGGCCUGGAGAACGGAGAGGGUGCCGCCCAGUGGGUAGGUUCCCACCAGCAGUCCAAGGCCUCCGGACAGGAACCUGAGAGUGAGUUUGGAUGCCAGGACAGGCAGCGCAGAGACGAAAGGACGAGAGGCCAGGAGAGCGAGGAGGACCAUGAGGAGGACCCUGACCGCUACGUCUGCAGCGGGGUCCCCGGGCGGCCACCAGGCCUGGAGGAGGAGCUGACCCUCAAAUAUGGGGCAAAGCAUGUGAUCAUGCUAUUUGUGCCUGUCACGCUGUGCAUGAUCGUGGUGGUGGCCACCAUCAAGUCCGUGCGCUUCUACACGGAGAAGAAUGGACAGCUCAUCUACACACCUUUCACCGAGGACACAUCUUCGGUGGGCCAGCGCUUCCUCAACUCCGUGCUCAACACCCUCAUCAUGAUCAGCGUCAUUGUCAUCAUGACCAUCUUCCUGGUCGUGCUCUACAAGUACCGCUGCUACAAGCAGGUGUCACGCGACCACUCCCAGGGACUGUUAAGAGGCAGCUCGACCCUCCGUGCAUUCAUCCACGGCUGGCUGAUCAUGUCCUCCCUGAUGCUGCUGUUCCUUUUCACCUACAUCUACCUUGGGGAAGUGCUCAAGACCUACAAUGUGGCCAUGGACUACCCCACCCUGUUCCUGACCGUCUGGAACUUCGGGGCGGUGGGCAUGGUGUGCAUCCACUGGAAGGGCCCCUUGGUGCUGCAGCAGGCCUACCUCAUCAUGAUCAGCGCGCUCAUGGCCUUGGUGUUCAUCAAGUACCUCCCAGAGUGGUCUGCGUGGGUCAUCCUGGGCGCCAUCUCAGUGUAUGAUCUCGUGGCUGUGCUGUGCCCCAAAGGGCCGCUGAGAAUGCUGGUAGAAACUGCCCAGGAGAGAAACGAGCCCAUAUUUCCUGCCCUGAUAUAUUCAUCUGCCAUGGUGUGGACAGUGGGCAUGGCCAAGUUGGACCCCUCCUCUCAGGGAGCCCUUCAGCUCCCCUACGACCCAGAGAUGGAAGAGGACUCCUGUGACAGUUUGGGGGAGCCCUCGUACCCUGAAGUCUUUGCGCCCCCCCUGCCUGGCUACCCGGGGGAGGAGCUGGAGGAGGAGGAGGAAAGGGUCCGAGGAAGUCGCCUGAGGAAGUAACUUCUGAGCUGAGCUCCAGAGGCUGAGCCACUGGAACUCGGAGAGGGGGACGCACAGCGGGGGUGCGUUUCCAGCUGAGGGGACCUUGGGAGCAGAGACCCUGAGGCAGACGGCACGGUGAGUUAGAGCCAGUGAAGGCAGGACGCUGAGACCCGAGUGCAGAGAUGGGGCAGGGAGGCAGGCAGGGACUUGAGGGGCCUUCUGGAUCAAAACGGGGAUCUGGUCUGUGUCCCGUGAGCGGUGGGAGCCGUGGGGGGUGGGGGAGGGUUUUGAGCUGCACGGGAGGAGGGACAUGAGGGAGAAGGGCAGGCUUGUGGCCGGCAAAGUGUGCACCUGCGUGGCCUGAGGACGUCCCCGUGCAGCCAUGGGGGACGCAGGCGUGGGCUCUGGGCUCAGAGGGCCGGCUGGGCUGGGCAGGUCAGCGCCAACAGCACGGCUCCAUGAUGGGACUGACAGUGGAGCUGGGGUGGAGACUCCCCCAGGCAGAGCCCCGGGUGUUUGGGGGCAGAAGGAGCUGGUGUGGAAGGCCGUCCUGAAGACGCACCCAAAGACGUUCUAACAUAUGGCUGUGUUCCCAAGGGGAUUAAAAUAGCCAUUCCAUCAGCACACGUUUAUGGACCACCUACUAUGUGCCGGGUGGCACAUGGGAACAGGGAGGUGCUGCAGGAUUAAAACAGCCUCUGCCCUUGAGAAGUUCCCUGUGGGAGCAGCCCAGGCGGGGGGAGGUGAGGUAUAAAGUACUCAGGGCAGACCUGGGGAAGAAGAUAAUGCCGAGGUGGGCCUGGAAGGACAAGUCGGUCACCCGGCAGACAGGCUGCCAGGCUGCAGCCCAGGCCUGGCACUGAGCCCCUGGAGUCAGCACGGAUCCCACCGGGGCACAGUCCACAAGGCCACCCUCGCUUCACACGCCAGCCACAAGUCCUGGGGGUCUCCAGGCCACCCGCACUUCUGACCGACUGGCUACGGAUCUGGGGGUUCCCACACACACCCCCCCCCGGUUGGAAAAUUUGCUAGAACGACUCACAGAACUCAGGAAAGUACUAAACUUACAAUUACAGUUUUAGUAUAAAGGAUACAAAUCAGGACCAGCCAAAUGAAGAGCCACAUUGCUCGCAGGACUGGACUUCAUCUCCAGGCUCCCUCUUCUCCCCAGAGGUUGGUCUGGCCCAGAGUCCCAACCCCCUUAUCACAUAACCACGUGGUCUUUCUGGAGACCAGUGCCAUCCUGAUCCUCUCAUUUGCAUAAAUGAUCCAAGGGGCUCCUGAAUAACAAAGACACUUCUGUUACUGGGGAAACUCCAAGGAUUUGGUCUCCCUCCUGGAACCAGGGACAAAGGCCAGUUAGAUUCUUUGUUACACAGCAGCAUUGGCAAAGGCUCAGAUGAGAGAGGAGGAGGCCUUCCGGGAGCUCGGGGCAGUUUGGUGGCCCAGGCAGCUGGGGGCCGGACCUUCAAGGGUGCACAGCACUCACGGGAGCUCGAACUUCAUGUUGCAGGCUGUGGGGAACCGCUAGUGGUUUGUUGCAGGGAAUUGAAGUGAGCAGAGCUGCAUCCCAGACAGAUCCCGGGCAGCAGCAAGGAACACAGACUGCUGGGGGACAACCUGAGGGAAGAGCCAUGAGGGCCCAACUCAGGCAGCAGGCUGAGAGGAGGUGGUGCCACCACAUACCUGGGACGCACUGGCAGGACUUGGCUGGGCAAGGGAUGGGCAGGGAGGCGUGGAGGGUGACGGGGGAAGGUGGGAGGCUCUGCAGGACGUCAGAUGGAGACGCCACGGACACACGAAGGGGAGCGAUGCUCAGGAACGUCAGGGUUGGAGACCCGAGUUGGAGUCACCAGGAUAUACAUGUUGUCAGAACUGCGGGUCCCCAGAAGGUACCCAGGGAAGGUGUAGGGUCAGAAUGGAGAGCGAGGGAGACAGCGUGGGCGACAUUUACGGGAUGAAGGGAAGGGCGCUUGUGGAGGACCCCGGGGAGUGCCAGCCAGGGGACAGGGCGCUGAGACAGACAAGUAGCUUGAGGGUGUCCACGGGGGCCGGGCGGUGGCCUGGCCAGAGCACGUUGGCUGGGGGACGUGGGACCUGCCGCCAGAGAUCUCUGAAGUGCCUGGGAAGUGAGUGCGGUUCCUUUGAGAAAGAACUGAUUGAAAAAGAAGAGAGAAGGGAAGGGAGAGGGCAGGCAGAGCAGGGAAGCAGGAGUGGGGGUAGCUGCGAGAGGAGGCACGGCAAGAGAAGUCACCUCUGUGAGGUGACGAAACUGGAGUGUUUGCUCUGUGCCGAGGCAGGAGCCAAAGUGAGGAAACUGAAGUCAGAGAAGAGGGGCCGUGGAGGAAGGGACAGACCGAGGUGAGGGGCAUCUUGCUUGGAGCCCAGAAGGGAGGCGAGGGGGGCGGACAGGGCAGAGCAUGUUUCCUUGAUGCAGACCUCCUCAAUUCAAGUCUGUUUCUUAAACAUUUUUAUUGUCUGUGAUGAAUAAAAUUAUCCUAUAAACAAG